AUGGAUGUCAGCGUAGUGGUUCAAAGGCAGACUACGGCUGUCAACGGAGCUGCCCCGCAGCUGGGCUCCAAAGGCGCGUGUGGGCCUUCGUCCUCUCUUAUCGUUUGGCCAGAACGAAAAGGAGUUUCGUACCGCAUGUCCAGUUCCGUUCUCAUCUUCUAUGCGGUGUGUGCGUUUGUUUCCUGUCCGACGAACUCGCCGUACACAGCUCGCGCGUCUGAGAGCGUGAAUGUAGUGACUCGACGGCAGCAAAAUGAAACCGGACGUGAAGUGAUGGUUCACAGGGGGUUCUCUGUGAAGAAACACGACGCUCAUGCGCAGGCAACAGGGUCCAGGUCAUACAGCCGCGAGAGCUAUGAGCCGUCGGACUUCGUUAUCGAAGCUGUCUUCCUUGACUUCGAUUUGCACGAAACAGAAACACGGGUAAAGGCCACGCUUACGAUGUACCGCCGCGCUGGCUGCCCGCCCGCCGACCUCGUUCUGGACGGCGAAAACCUCACGGCGGAAGCUGUGGCUGUCUCAUACGCUCGAGUUGACCAGAGUGAGCAUCGGAAUAUGAAUGUUCAACAAGCCUCUGCAGGAGACCCACAGGACACCGCAAGCCGCGGCACCGCUCCGGUGGCUGAAGGACAAGGAGCGGAUCACCGUCACAACUUCCGGCAACCUGAGGCAUCUGCUGCCUUCCAUGCUUCCCCCCUCUUCUCCCCCAUUCCUGGGCAAGAAGAGAACUCCGCGAGCCAUGCGAUCGUCGUGGACGAAGCAGAAGGUUCCUUGCGCAUAAACAAGACCAUCCUUCCCGCCGACGCGGAGCACCGCUUUGUAGUCCGCACUCAGGUUAGAAUAAAUCCGAAAGAAAACUCUCGCCUGCUCGGGCUUUACACCUCUGACGGCGUGCUCGUAACGCACAACGAAGCAGAAGGUUUCCGGCGAAUCACCUACUUCCUCGAUCGGCCUGAUGUCCUUGCAUACUGGCGGGUCAGGCUUUCUGCGGACAAAAAGAAAUAUCCCGUCUUGCUGAGCAACGGAGACUUGAUAGAGUCUGGCGAGGACGCGAGCGACGCAACAAAACACUUUCGUGUCUUCUUCGACCCUCACAAGAAACCCAGCUACUUAUUUGCGCUGGUAGCCGGAGACCUGCGUUCUGUCGAGCAGAACUUUGAAACGCGCACCCAGAAGCUGGUGCGCGUCGCAGUAUGGGGAGCUCCGGAGAACGUGAAGAAGCUCGACUGGGCACUGCAGAGCGCCAUCCGCUCGAUGCGCGCGGACGAGAUCCUUUUUGGAAGAGAAUAUGAUUUGAAGAGCUUUCACAUUGCCUGCGUCGAAGGUUUCAAUGCGGGAGCGAUGGAGAAUAAAGGCUUGAAUAUCUUCAACUGCAACGCGCUGCUCGCGCAUCCUCAAACGACCACAGAUCACGAGUACAGACACAUUUUAAACAUCAUCGGCCAUGAGUACUUUCACAACUGGAGCGGCGACCGCGUGACCGUUAGAGACUGGACGGAACUGACUGUGAAAGAAGGGCUUACAGUAUUCCGCGACCAGGAGUUCAUGCGGCAUGAGUUCUCCAGGGACGUCAAGAGACUCGAAGACAUUCGGCGCAUCAUUUCCGAGCAAUUCGCCGAAGACAGCGGUUCCCUGGCGCACGCUGUUCGGCCAGAUCACUACGCCGCCGUCAACAAUCUGUACUCCGUGACGGUCUACCGCAAGGGCGCCGAGAUCAUUCGCAUGUACUCCAUCCUGCUGGGGGCGUCCGCCUUCCGCGAGGGUCUCGACUUGUUUUUUUCGCGCUUUGACGGCCGGUCUGCGACGUGCGAGGAUCUUCACGGCUCCAUGGAGGAGGCGAGCGGGCGCGAUCUAUCGCAGUUCUUCCGCUGGUUCACGCGCCAAGGCACUCCGAGUGUGGAGAUUUCCAAUCUCCAUUUCGACGAAAGACGAAAACGUUUUUCGUUCACCGUGAGGCAAAAGCCCCCGCCCAUGUCCAACUAUGAGACACGCACGCUCGGCGAGGACGCCGAGCUCCUCCACAUUCCUAUUCGCUUCAGCUUCAUCGACAGAUACUCCCAAAGGCCGAUUCUCUAUAACGGAGAGCGCUCGAUGCUCCUCGAACUUCGCGAAGAAGAACAGACGGUCACCCUCCCGGAUGUCACAGAAGAGCCCGUCAUUGCUGCUCUGGAGUCUUUCUCGGCCCCCGUGAGGCUUGUCUUCCCGUCGCAAACCGACGCUGACUUGGCGCUGCUGGUCAGCGCCAGCGGCGACCCCUACACGCGGUGGAAUGCGCUCCAGCUCCUUGCCCUGAAGGCCUUGAAGAGCAGGCUAGCGACCGAGGCGAACAACGAAGAGGAAAGCGGCCCCGUUGUUCCUGCUAGCCUCAGUGAUAGCUUCAUCGCCGUACUUCACGAUCGAUCCGCUGACCAGGCCUUGACAGCCUUGCUUCUGGACCUUCCAGGGUAUUCGCGUUUGGAGCAGGAGGCUCCUCUGCCUCUCGAUCCCGACGCUAUUCUGUCUGCUCGGCGCGAGCUGCUUCGCGACAUCUACCACCGGCACAAGGCUGCAAUAGACGCAGCCUAUGAGGCAACAACCAUUCCAAAGCUGGAAGAUGAAGAACAAGACAGCGCUCUCGAAUCUCCGAAGGACCCUUCCCAGUGGCGACGGCGCGCUUUGCGCUCCGUCCUCCUGCAGUACGUGACAGCUGACAGAGACGAAAGGGCGAUGCGGGUGGCCUUCACGCACUUCAAAAAUGCACGUGUCAUGACAGACAAAAUCGCCGCUCUCAGUGUUUUGACUAGCUUGCCAUACGCGCAAGAAAGGCAGGAAGCUCUGGAGAUGUUUUAUCAGGAGGCCAAAGGCAAUCCUCAACUCCUGACCAAGUGGUUCGCGCUUCAAGCUCUUUCGAGUCUGCCCGAGACUGUGGACCGCGUGCGGGAGCUGAGCAGACACCCCGAAUAUAAGCCGACCGUUCCGAAUUUCGUUCGUGCUCUGUUUUCGAACUUCAUGAACGGAAAUCCUGCGGCAUUUCACCGGCGCGACGGUGCUGGAUAUGAACUCGCGUAUGAGUUCCUCGCCUCGAUGGACCGUGUCAAUCCUCGCACAGGUGCUCGCGCAGCAGGCGCGUUCCUGAACUGGAAGAAGUACGACGAGGGCCGUAAAGAGAAGAUGAAAGAUGUUCUACAGAGACUUGCACAGCUCCCGGACAUUUCAAAGGACCUGAAAGACGUCGUUGGCCGUGCGCUAGGAGCAUGA